AUGGGGCCCCUGGGCAAUAGGAAAUCAUGGGGCCCCUGUGUCCUUGCUCACACUCAACCCACACCCAAAAAAGCCUAUGAAAGGUACCAGGGGCAUCUCAUGGGGCCCCCUACUGACCCCGGGCCCUCGGGCAGUGCCCGAGUUUCCAAAUGGUCAGUCCGCCCCUGGUGAUAAGCAUAUUUCUUCUUAAUCUCUUUGGCCGGCGUCAUAACAGUCAAAUGAGGGUACAUCUACCUACUUCUGGUCCAUUUGACAGUGUUGGACAGAACAGGAAAUGAGGG